AUGUGCCAAAGUGGAAUAGGGCCCUUCAACUCUAGCCCCCCGGCCACGCCGCGGGAACGUUUCCGAACCACUUCAACAACUACCGGCGCAAGCUGGCGGGGGCCUGGAAAAGCGCAGUUCGCCAGCCCACUGAGCCCACUAGAUGCAAGUGCAAGGGGGAGAGGAACAAAAAAGACCGCAAAGGCCAGUGAAGACUUGCCCAUGAUCCAUCAUGUUAGUGGCUCCGGCUGUUCGUUGUUCGUUUUGUCUCCAUCACAACGAAGAGCUCUGGCUUAUCGCCACCAUGAAUUGCGGGGAGGAGGAGGUGACAACGCUCAGCUCAAUGCAGGCAAAUGUCGAGAACAGAUUCCAUCCCACCCAAUCACGUUUGGGAAAUACACCUUUUCUCUGGCAUCUAUCAAGCCACGCUGUAUCCCGAUAGAUCUGUCGUUUCCCACCUUGUCCAACUCGAGCUGGGGCCUAGACCUUUUUCCCUCACCGCCCCCUUCGUGCCUCCGUCCGCUUGCGGCCUGCGGCUUGCAGCGAAAACCCGGCAUAUCGGGUUCCGCAUUAACUGACUUGUCACUGCUGCAAGAAACGAAAAAUAGUUGCAGGGGUUGUUCGCGAGGGCCUCAAAGCAGAGGACGGUAUGGCCAACCCGGUCUUGUCAACCAAAUGUAG